AACUCCCUCCGUUUCCGGGCGCUAGGAUCGAGCGCACAGCUGCCGCCGAAUUUAAAGAGACAUACAUCAUUUGUUUAAAUAAUACGACCAUUGGAAAAAAAAUGUACAUGCAUUGUUUCUGGUUCUCUUCGCGGGUAUCGAUGGGGGCUCGUCAUUGUUCUGAACACUUGACGGUGUAGUUUUAGUAGGGAUUGAGAGGUCUGAACACACUUGCGGGCUUGAGCUGGAAGUCUAUACUGGAGUAACUGGGUGGCCGUCGGUAAAGUAGACCGGACUUGUGGGGGGAAGAGAGCUGGGUGGCCCCCCGAUACGAACUGAUUUUUGUACGCCAGAACAACCUGCAAACACGGAGGGACGGUAAAUCAUCGUGGCUUCGGUGGCUGUUGGUGGGGAAGGAAACGCACCAUGGCGAAAAUUCAGGCUCGCAGCAGCACUGCGAAGCAAAUCAACCAGAUCCAAGACAAGGCCUAUGUGGUUCAGAAGCAAGUCCAGCAGCAGCACUUUCAGAAACUAAAGGUGGAGGAUGCCUUAUCUUACUUGGACCAAGUCAAAAUACGGUUCGGAAAUGAUCCGGGAAUAUACAAUAAGUUUCUGGAUAUCAUGAAGGAGUUUAAAUCUCAAAGCAUUGACACACCAGGAGUUAUCAACAGAGUUUCUCAGCUCUUCCAUGGGCAUCCUGACCUUGUCCUGGGGUUUAAUGCCUUUCUACCUCUCGCUGUUCUUUGGUUUCUUUUCUCUCAGGUAUCUCCGGGACCAGGAAGGAGCACGGGCAGCUCUGUGGUUAGUGCCUCUUCAUCAGCAGUGGCUGAAGCAGGAUCAGCUCCGAAUGAAGCUGUGACCUCUCCGGAGAGCAUCGCUUCAUCAUCUGGACCUCCUGAACAAUCAAGCAGGUUGUCACUUCCUCUGCCCAGCCAAGAGAGCCAAUCACAGCCGGCCACCACGUCGGUGUCCCCUCCCACAUCAGAGCCCAGUCCUGUGGAGUUUGAUAGUGCCAUCAGUUACGUCAAUAAGAUCAAAAACCGAUUUUUGGACAACCCAGAAAUCUACCGGGCCUUCCUGGAAAUUCUACAUACAUACCAGAAGGAGCAGCUGGAGGUGAAGGAGAGCAGAGGGCGUAGCACUGGAGGAAUGACCGAAGAUGAGGUUUUCUCUAAAGUGGCAAGUCUUUUCAAAGGUCAAGAGGAUCUGCUUGCAGAGUUUGGCCAGUUUUUGCCUGAUGCAAAGAGAUCUCUGUUUACUGGAGGUUCUUUGCCUGGCAAAGACAGUCUGAAGAAAGCAGAGGAAGAGGAAAUUAAUAAACUGAGCAAGAAGAGACCUAGACCCAUGUUACUGCCCCACAUGACCCCCCUUCUGAAGAAAAAAAUGAAGUAUUCCUGCUCCAAGGACCCAUCUUUUGCCUCUGUCGGAAAGCAUGGAGUUUUGCGGGAAUUCACGUUCUUUGACAAGGUUCGCUGUCUGCUCAAGAGUCAGGAGGUGUACGAGAAUUUCUUACGCUGUAUAGCUCUGUUCAAUCAGGAAGUGGUUUCAGGGGCCGAACUCCUGCAGCUUGUGACUCCAUUCUUGGGGAAGUUUCCAGAACUGUACACCCAGUUUAAGUCAUUUUUGGGUGAUAAAGAGCUGUCUCAUGCCAUCAUGGGCCUCUCUGACCGUUACAUGGAGGGUGGAGGCAGAGAAGUGGAUUACGCCUCCUGUAAACGCCUGGGAUCCAGCUACAGAGCCCUGCCCAAGACCUACCAGCAGCCCAAAUGCAGUGGCCGAACUGCUAUAUGCAAAGAGGUGCUGAAUGAUACCUGGGUCUCAUUCCCUUCCUGGUCAGAAGACUCCACUUUUGUGAGUUCCAAGAAAACACCAUAUGAAGAGCAACUUCAUCGCUGUGAAGAUGAGAGGUUUGAGCUGGAUGUUGUGCUUGAGACUAAUUUAGCAACGAUAAGAGUUUUGGAAAGCGUGCAGAAGAAAUUAUCCCGCCUUUCGCCGGAGGAUCAAGAGCGCUUCCGAUUGGAUGACUGUCUUGGUGGAACUUCUGAGGUCAUCCAGCGUCGUGCAAUCUAUCGUAUCUACGGUGACAAGGCUCCAGAAAUCAUAGAGGGGUUAAAGAGGAGUCCAGCCACUGCAGUUCCUGUCGUACUCAAAAGAUUGAAAGCUAAAGAGGAGGAGUGGAGGGAGGCUCAGCAGGGCUUCAACAAAAUCUGGAGAGAGCAAUAUGAGAAGGCGUUUCUGAAAUCACUGGACCACCAGGGUGUCAACUUCAAACAGAACGACAUGAAGGCUCUUCGAUCCAAGAGUCUUCUCAAUGAAAUAGAGAGCAUCUAUGAUGAGCGGCAGGAGCAGAGCACAGAAGAGGGCGGCAUGGGCCAGCAAAGCUGUGACGGCUCAGGCACAAAUUCGACCAGUGAACCCCACAUGAUCUUCACUUACGAAGACAAACAGAUCCUGGAGGACGCUGCCUCCCUCAUCAUCUACCAUGUCAAGCGACAACCCACCAUCCACAAGGACGACAAGGACCACAUCAAGCGUAUCAUCCAGCACUUUGUUCCCGAUCUCUUUUUCGCCCAUCGUGGAGAGCUUAGCGAGACAGAGGAGUUCACGGACGAGGAAGCCGAGGGUGAGGACGGCACCACCGCAGGAGGUGAAGUCUCAACAACAGGCAGCCAGCAACAGCUGAACGGUGAUUCCAGACGAAGACGAUGCACUUCCCCUCAGAGCAUGGACACCUCUACGGCCGCCCACAGUAUGAAUCCAGAAGGGGAGGCUGUGGAUCUGCGGGACCCGGAAGCUGUGGAUCUGCGGGACCCAGAGGCUGAGCACCAGAAGGAGCUGGAUGGAGUCUACAACCUGUUCUUCGUCAAUAAUAACUGGUACUUCUUCCUGCGGCUGCACCAGACUCUGUGCUCACGGCUGCUAAGGGUUUACAGGCAGGCCGAGAGACAGUUACUGGAACACAGGGCAGAGCAGAAUCGGGAACGGCUGCUCAUGGGAGAGGGGCGCAGAGAAAAGGCAAACGACCUGGCUAUGGAGCUGCGUCUGAAACAGCCCAGUGAAGUAGAGUUAGAGGAAUAUUACCCAGCGUUCUUAGACAUGGUACGCAGUCUUCUAGAUGGAAACCUGGAGGCCACGCAAUACGAGGACACCCUGAGAGAGAUGUUCACCAUCCACGCUUACAUCGGAUUUACCAUCGACAAGCUCAUUCAGAACAUUGUAAGACAGCUUCAGCACUUGGUCAGUGAUGAGGUGUGUCUGCAAGUCACUGAGCUGUACCUGGCCGAGAGGAAGAGGGGUGCUGCUGGUGGCAAUCUCUCGUCCCAGUGUGUCCGCGCCGCUUGGGAGGCCAGCUACCAAUGGAAGGCUGAGAGAGUCAUGUCUGAGGAGAACUGCUUCAAGGUCAUGUUCAUUCAAAACAAAGGUCAGGUGACCUUAACGAUCGAGUUGCUGGACACGGAGGAGGCCCAAGGCGAUGACCCACUGGAUAUUCAGAGCCUGUCUAAUUAUAUGGAGCAGUAUAUAGGAACUGAAUCUGUAUGCUCUCAGACAGAAGGAUACUACUUCAAGCCUGUGUUCCUACCCAGGAAUCUGAGGCAUUUCCGUGGCUGGCAGCUCAAGCAGGUGGAAGCCAUGCGCUGUCGGAGAGAGUGGCAUCGGAAGAUGGGUGUGGAGACAGCCGGGAACCUGGACUGCCGUUUCAAACUAAACACGCACAAGAUGGUGUUUGUGAUGAACUCCGAAGACUACAUGUACCGCCGAGGGGCCCUGGUGAAAGCUCGGAGGUCCCAGCACAGAGUAGCACAGGCCCAGCACGAGCGCUUCGAGCAGUGGCACCGGGGCUGGUUGAGCGAGCAUGUGUCCUCCGGCGCCGAGCACAGCGUGCAGGACUGGCUCAUGGGAGAAGAGGACGAGGACAUGAUCCCCUGCAAGACCACCUGUGUUUCCAUGCAGGUCAAAGGCUUAUAUGUCAACAGGUACCAGGUGCACUACAACAGCAAGGCCCCCGCCUCACCGUAACAACCUCAAGCCUUGGGAUGGAUUUUGGUGAUCUCUCUCUCUCUCUCUUUUCUCUCUAUGUCUCUUUCUCGCUCACUCUUUCAAAUGGCCGAGCUUAAACAUGCUUGGCUGAAACACAGCGAACAGACAGGAGUGGUUUGAGGACAGACAGCUGCUCAAAGGAGGGAAUGCCUCAUUAAAAAGCAUCACAUCUCGACACUAGUCCAUCAUGAUCGAUGCCGUUACCAGACGUUUCAGAAAUGUGAAUUUUUUUUUUUUUUUUUUUUUUU